UCUUCCCCCCAAAGCAGGCAGGGACGGCCCCUUCCUCUUGUCCCGGGGCGAGUGGCGCCGUCGAGGGAUCGAGAUCAGCCAAGUUGCCUCCGCCAAGCCCGUCCAACAAACUGUAGGCAACGGCGUAGGCAGCUCAUGAAAAAUGCACUGAAUGUAAUACACUGUGGAAGGCCUCAAUAUGGCUUGCAUCACGUCGAUGAUAUUAUCGCAGACCUCGGCCUUUCAAGCUCUCUGGUCUCUUCGCCAGUCUUCUUCCAGAAGCUUCAGCAAAUGGCAGCGGGCCCUGGCUGCUCAGAACUUUUCAGGCUAUGAAUCCAUACAAGCACAGUAUAAGCCAGAGGUGCCAGAUUACUUCAACUUUGCAAAAGAUGUGGUAGAUAACUGGGCUGAGGCGGAAAAGGAAGGAAAUCGACCGACAAGCCCAGCUCUCUGGUGGGUCAAUGACCAAGGAGACCAAGUGAAGUGGAGCUUUGUGGAGCUGUCUCACGUUUCCAAAAAAGCGGCUAGAGUGCUCUCUGAGCAGUGUGGCCUGCAGAGGGGAGACAGAAUCAUUGUGAUCCUGCCACGGAUUCCUGAAUGGUGGCUCUUGAAUGUGGCUUGCAUGAGAACAGGAACCGUUCUCAUUCCCGGGACAACACAGCUGACUGCGAAAGACAUUCUCCAUCGAGUCCAGACUUCAAAGGCCAGAUGUAUCAUUACUGACCAGGUUCUGGCCCCAGCAGUAGAUACCAUAGCUUCCAAAUGCCCAUCUCUAGAAUUCAAGCUCAUUGUGUCAAGGAACCACAGGGAGGACUGGCUAAACUUCAGCGACUUAUUGAAACUUGCACCUGCCGAGCAUGACUGUGCAGUCACAAAAAGCUGUGACCCAAUGGCUAUCUAUUUCACCAGCGGGACAACGGGGACUCCCAAAAUGACUGAACAUUCUCACGCAAGUCAUGGCAUUGGCCUUGGUGUAAAUGGAAGGUAUUGGCUGGAUUUGACCCCCUCGGACAUCAUUUGGAAUACGUCUGACACAGGCUGGGCAAAAUCGGCUUGGAGCAGUGUUUUUGCACCCUGGAUCCAAGGGGCAUGUGUGUUCAUUCACAGCAUGCCACGCUUUGAGCCAACCCCUGUACUCGAGGCUUUGUCCAGGUUUCCCAUAACAACAUUCUGUUCUGCUCCAACUGCUUAUCGGAUGCUAAUCCAUCACAGUUUAAGCAGUUAUAAAUUCCACAGCUUGAAGCAUUGUGUGAGCGCAGGGGAGCCCAUGAACCCAGAAAUCAUGGAGCAAUGGAAAACGAAAACAGGACUGGAUAUCUACGAAGGCUACGGGCAGACAGAGACGGUGCUGAUUUGUGGAACUUUCAAGGGGAUGAAAAUUAAGCUGGGCUCUAUGGGGAAGCCUUCCCCAGCCUAUGACACUCAGAUAAUAGAUGAAAACUGCAAUAUGUUGCCUCCUGGGAAAGAAGGAGAUAUUGCUAUCCGAAUAAAACCAACGCGGCCAUUUUGUCUUUUCACUCGAUACACGGAUGAUCCAGAAAGAACAAAUUCAACUGUUCGCGGGGACUUCUACAUCACUGGGGACAGAGGAAUGCGAGAUGAAGAUGGCUACUUCUGGUUCGUAGGAAGAGCCGACGAUGUCAUCAAUUCUGCUGGAUACCGCAUUGGACCAUUCGAAGUGGAAAGUGCAUUGAUAGAACACCCGGCGGUCGCAGAAUCCGCUGUUGUUAGCAGCCCCGAUUCCGUCAGAGGGGAGGUUGUGAAAGCCUUUGUGGUUUUGGCACCCGACUACGUUUCCCGCGACCCAGAAGCACUGAUUAAGGAGCUACAGGAUCACGUCAAAAAAGUCACUGCCCCUUACAAGUAUCCUAGAAAGGUGGAGUUUGUGCCACAUCUGCCAAAGACCGUCAGUGGGAAAAUCAGAAGAAACGAAUUACGCAAGGCAGAGUGGGGAAAAUCUUAGAUUUAGCUGUUUACUUCCACAGCGCCUGUUCUGAGUUUUAUAUUGGUUCCUUAUGCUGCAAGAUCUUGCCAUGCCAGCCUCUGUAUUGAAAUCCCAAUGCUGCAGCUGUUACACACACACUGCAAAAAAGAAAAAGAAAAAACCCCCACACCCCUACUCCCUCAGAGAGUUUGAGGUAUAUUACAAGCAGUGCAGGAUCAGACAUUUGGGGAAUAUCAGUGGUUGAGCAUCUCCCUCCACCCAUUUAUAUAAAAUCCCAAAAGCAUCUUUCAAAGUUGAGCAAAGCAAAGUGUAACUCUCAUUCCAGAUGCUGAGUCGCAUGCAGAAAAGAACACAGUGUACUCUGGAGAAAAUGCCAACACAAAGUUGAUUCCAAAGCUCAGAAGCUUAAAAAAAUCACCACGAAUCUGCAGGGAGCUACAAGAGCAAGCUAGCCAUGUAUUCAAGCACAUUAGCCAACUCCUUUCUCCGCCUCCCCUGUAGAGGCAGAAUGGAAGGGUCUCGAUCUGUUCAGAUCUGCUUCCAACACACAGGAUGAUGGAAGUAUCCACACCCUGGCCACCGAAAAAAUCACAGGAGUUUCAAGUUGCUGCAAUGGGGACACAGUUGUCCCAAAGCAAGUGAACUGAACAGUCUGGGAUUAUAAAUAAGGACCUUCACAGCACUGUUGACACAUGUGCUCAUUUCAACAUUCCAUGUAGUUACUGGCAACAAGCUUCUUUGGGCACCCGUGCUAGAAAGACCUUCUAGAGACACAACCUGGCCACAGCCUAAAUAAGUCCAGUCUCUAUUGUGCAUGACGGUGAUAUAAACUACAAGGGAUCCGGUGGUCACCAUGCAAGAGUAGCAUCCCCACCAAAGCUCUCCCCCAAUGAUGUACUAUGCUGAAUGAUGCUGGCAUCAUUGAAGCAGGAGAAAAGGCUUUUAAUUCAGCUGGACACAAUCCAGCCAUUAAAUUCUUUUAAAUCCCAUUUAGUUAAAUGGGAGAAUUCAAUACACACUGAAUGUCAGUGGGGCCUGAAGCGUGUGAUAAUGACUGAUCAUACCAGGAAUAUUUUCUGUUUCUGCAACAACCAGAGGCCCACAUCUGUGCUUAAAUAUUCUCUCCCCCGUCCAUGUGUAAGCAAGCUCCUAGGAUUAUAGUUAAGAACU